CUAACGAAAAGUCGUUCAAUUCGUUUUUACAAUGCAAUCACUUGUACACAAGUGAUAAUCUCGACGACUCGCUUACUAAAUUCUGGCAGCUGGAGCAAGUGCCCCAACCUAGUCAACCGUUUACCGAUUUGGAGGCGGAAUGUGAGCAACAUUUUGUCACUCACACUUAUCGUGACGAUAACGGUAGGUUUCACGUGCGUCUGCCAUUAAUUACGGAACCCGAUUGUUUAGGGGACUCAUAUCGCUUUGCUAAAAAACGGUUAUUUGCAUUAGAGAAACGAUUUAAACGCAACCCUGAGUUGAAAUCGGCUUACGAGCAAUUUAUAAAUGAAUAUGCCGAGUUAGGCCAUCUCUCUGUGUCCGAUUCUGACAUUCCGGAUCCUUCCUUUUUUGUGUCACAUCAUUGUGUGCAAAAGCCCUCCAGCGAAUCUACGAAGUUAAGGGUCGUAUUCAAUGGUAGUGCCCCCACCACGUCUGGCUAUUCUAUAAACGACCUGCAGAUGGUUGGGCCAACGAUUCAAGACUCGCUGUUUAAUAUCCUCUUGAGGUUUCGUACAUACAAAUAUGUUUUAACUGGGGAUGUCGCUAAGAUGUAUCGGCAGGUCCUGGUUCAGGAAUGCGACCGCGAUUUACAAUUAAUUCUUUGGCGCUCCAAUGAGAACGAACCUUUAAAGACUUUAAGGCUUAACACGGUCACUUACGGAUUUUCAAGUGCUAGUUUUUUGAGCACACGCUGUUUGUGGCAGUUGGGCGAGGAAUGUGCAGAUGAAAAAAUUAAAACCAUCAUCCAAAAUGAUUUUUUAGUGGAUGAUUUAUUAACAGGGUCAGACACAGAGGAGGAAUUACGUUCUAUUAAAGAGUCGGUUGAGCGUGCGCUAGCAGCUGGUUGUUUUCCCCUGCGCAAAUAUCGCUCAAAUUUACCGUCAAUUUUGCAUGACUCACAAAACGAUAGUGUAAGUAUAAAUAAAGGUAGCUUGAUCAUUAGCUCGUCGUUGCACACGCUAGGAGUGGGCUGGGACUCUGAGGCAGAUAUCAUUCAUUUUCCUACUCAAUAUUCUGCCAAGGACGGCCACCCUACGAAACGUUCAAUUUUAUCGGAUUCGUGUAAAAUAUUUGAUCCCUUAGGCCUCCUGUGUUUGCUGACGAUUAUACCUAAAGUUUUAAUUCAAAAAUUAUGGAUUGAAAAAAUCGACUGGGAUAUUCCCGUGCCGAGUUACAUAAACGAGUCUUGGCAGGACUUUAUAAACGGGUUAGCGUCUUUAACUUCGCUCCAAAUACCUCGUCAUGUUCUUUGCGACUCGCCGACGCAUAUCGAGAUGCACGUAUUUUGUGAAGCAAGCUCAGUUGCAUACGCGGCCUGUAUUUAUUUAAAGUCCACUAAUGAGAAGGGCGAUGUUGUAGUCAGGUUGCUGUGCGCCAAGGCCAAGGUCGCGCCGGUCCAGGCUACGACUAUUCCUCGAUUGGAAUUAUGUGCUUGCCUUCUAGGCGCGCAGCUCGCGUCAGCUGUCUCUAAAACGUUACGCUGCCAGAUUGCGCAGAAAUUUUAUUGGACUGACUCGUCAAUUGUGAUCGCAUGGCUUAAAACUAAUCAAACAAAAUUAAAAACGUUUGUCGCCAAUCGCGUGGCUCAUAUUUUAGAACUCACCGAUGGCAGUGAGUAUCGUCACGUUCCAACCGCUUUAAAUCCGGCUGACUACCCAUCUAGAGGGGUCGAAGCGCGUCGCUUAUCUGAUUUGCACAUGUGGUGGAACGGGCCAUCUUUCUUGUACGAGCCACAGAAUAACUGGCCUCAGUUUUCCUCAAACUCGGAGCUCGAUUUACCCGAGCUAAAGGUUAACGUCGCGAUCACUAACGAUUCCCAAAAAACUGAUUUUAUUGAUUUCGAUCGAUAUUCGAAACUCAAACUUUUACAACGUGCGGUAGCUUAUAUGCUUAGAUUCGCGCAUAACUGCCGUGUUUCAUCUAAUAAAACGACCGGUGUGCUACAACCUGAGGAGCUCGAGGUUUCUUUUAAAAAAUUAGUCGCUAUGUCACAGCAGGCUAGUUUUCCUCACGAAUUGAAAUUGUUGCGUGACAAGCAACCUUUAGGCCCUAAAAACCCUAUUUUAUCGUUGAACCCAUUUUACGAUGAUGACGACAAGCUUCUCAGAGUUGGUGGACGUCUGUCCUCGUCGUUUUAUCCAUUUGACAAACGCCACCCAAUGCUCUUACAUGCCAAACAUAGUUUGACUAGAUUGUUGUUUCAACAGGAACAUAUCCGUCUCCUGCAUGCUCCUCCUCAGCUGCUUCUAGCCGCCAUUCGCGAGUCUAUAUGGGCCGUAUCGGGGCGCACACUUGCGCGCACCGUAUCGCAACAAUGCGUCACCUGUCGCCGCGCAGCUGGCAACACUUCUGCUCCUUUGAUGGGCGCUCUGCCUUCUCAGCGCGUAACGCCUGAUUUUCCCUUUAUUAGUGUCGGCGUAGACUUCGCAGGUCCGUUUAUGAUUACGGACAGGCAUGGCAGAGGUUGCAAAAUAACAAAGUGCUAUUUAGCUAUAUUUGUUUGUUUCCGGUACAAAUGUUUGCAUUUAGAGGCAGUAAGCACGCUGUCGACGGAUUCUUUCAUUCUUUCGCUGCGACGUUUUAUCUCUCGCAGAGGGCGACCUCGCGAGAUCUUCUGUGAUAAUGGACGUAAUUUUUUAGGAGCGGCCAAGGAAAUUAGCGAUUACCUUACUUCAAACUCAGACACGGUUUGCAAUUUUGCAGCAAAUGAGGGAAUACAAUUUAAAUUUCAACCGGCAUAUGCUCCUCACUUUGGUGGUUUGUGGAAAGCAGGAGUCAAAUCGGCAAAAUUUCACCUCAAUCGUAUAUUAGGUAACGCUCAUUUAACAUAUGAGGAAUUGGCAACUCUCUUUAGUCAGGUGGAGUCCAUCCUGAAUAGUCGUCCCUUGUGUCCUUUGUCGUCCUCUCCAAACGAUUUCCAACCCUUAACCCCAGGUCACUUCAUCAUCGGCCGCGCGCUCACGUCGUUGCCGUCGCCCCACCUCGCGGAUAUAAACCCAAACCGUUUAGAUAGGUUUCAGAAACUCGAGGCAUUAAGACAGCACUUCUGGCGGCGCUGGCAAAUGGAAUACGUCUGCGAGCUCCAGCAACGGACGAAAUGACGUGUUCCAGGACGAGCUCUUCAACUGGGUGACCUGGUCCUAAUCAAGGAAGAGAAUACUCUUCCACUGCACUGGCGGCUUGGACGAGUCGCCAAAUUGUUUCCUGGCGCUGACGGGAUUUCGCGAGUAGCUGAAGUUGCUACUGUAACGGGCACCUAUAAACGAGGUGUGAAGUACCUCUGCCCUCUGCUGGACGAGACCCAUGAAGCCUUGAAGGCUGACGCCUCCAAGGGCCCCCAGGAUGUUUCGGCUCCUACCACCGAAGGGGAAGCGGGGACCGUACACCGCUAAACCUGUUGACCACUGCCG